CAGACCGCAGAGUGUUAGUGGGACGUGCGGGGCGCUGCUCAUUAACAAAGGAGGCGGGGCGUCAGCCCUCGCUAUCCAGGGGAAGUUUGGCGGCGUCGGGUCGUCGGUAGGACCAGGAAGCCGUCAGCGUUGUGGGUCAGGUCUGCAUCGGAGUAAGCACGCUGCGAUUUCUGCACUUUUUCCGUUUUGCAUUUUCUUUUUUUUAUAAAAACAUACCCGCUCGUUCAGUUUCUCCGCCGCCGCUAUGAAGCAUUGUGAACUGGAGAAGCGCCAGAGGACCGGGACAGGCAAAGCCAUCGCCGUGUUGACCAGUGGAGGCGAUGCACAAGGCAUGAAUGCAGCAGUUCGAGCAGUGACUCGGAUGGGCAUAUAUGUUGGAGCCAAGGUGUACCUUAUCUAUGAGGGCUAUCAGGGACUGGUUGACGGGGGUGACAACAUCAAACUAUCCAACUGGCAAAGUGUGUCCGACAUCAUCCAACUGGGAGGCACGGUGAUCGGCAGCGCCCGCUGCAAGGACUUCACCAAGCGGGAGGGGCGCCUGAAAGCCGCCUACAACCUGGUGCAGCGUGGCAUCACCAACUUGUGUGUGUGCGGGGGCGACGGUAGCCUGACCGGGGCUGAUGUCUUCCGCGGGGAGUGGCCCGAGCUGCUGGCGGACCUCGUUCGUGAUGAGAGGAUCACCGAGGAGCUGGCUCACCAGCAUGCCCACCUGAACAUCGUGGGCCUGGUAGGCUCCAUCGACAAUGACUUCUGCGGCACGGACAUGACCAUCGGCGCCGAUUCGGCCCUGCACCGUAUUAUGGAAGUCAUUGAUGCCAUCAGCACCACAGCACAGAGCCAUCAGCGGACGUUUGUUCUGGAGGUCAUGGGCCGGCAUUGUGGGUACCUGGCCACGGUGUCUGCGCUGGCAUCCGGUGCCGACUGGGUCUUCAUCCCAGAGGCCCCACCAGAAGAGGGCUGGGAGGAGCACUUCUGUGCCCGGCUGGGCGAGAGCCGCAGCAAGGGGUCCAGGCUGAACAUCGUGAUCGUCGCCGAAGGGGCCAUCGACAGACACGGCCAGCCCAUAUCCUCCAGCUACGUGAAAGACCUGGUGGUGAAGCGGCUGGGAUAUGACACGCGGGUGACUGUGCUGGGUCACGUCCAGAGGGGCGGCACACCUUCGGCCUUCGACCGCGUGCUGAGCAGUAAAAUGGGCAUGGAGGCUGUGGUGGCCCUUAUGGAAGCCACCCCAGAUACCGCGGCCUGCGUCAUCGGCCUCUCGGGCAACCAGGCCAUGCGGCUGCCCCUCAUGGAGUGUGUGCAGAUGACCAAGGAGGUGCAGAAGGCCAUGAAUGAGAAGAGGUUCGAGGAAGCCAUCCAGCUGCGUGGGAAGAGCUUCGAGAACAACUGGAACACCUACAGGCUGCUGGCGCACCAGAAGCCGUCUCAGUCGCAGAGUCAUUUGUCCUUGGCGAUCCUAAACGUGGGAGCCCCGGCAGCCGGGAUGAACGCGGCGGUGAGGUCGGCAGUGAGGAUGGGACUCGCCACGGGUCACAAGGUCUACACUGUCAGUGAUGGCUUUGGAGGCCUGGCCACUGGGCUGAUCAACCCGGUGAGCUGGCAUGAUGUAGCAGGCUGGACUGGACAAGGAGGCUCCCUUCUAGGGACUAAACGAACCCUUCCUAAUUCCUGCAUGGAGGAGAUCGUGAGCAACAUCCGCAAGUACAACAUCCAGUCACUGCUGGUCAUUGGAGGGUUUGAGGCAUAUGAGGGGGUGCUGCAGCUGGUGGAAGCCCGGGGUCGCUACGACGAGCUCUGCAUCGUCAUGUGCGUCAUCCCCGCCACCAUCAGCAACAACGUGCCUGGCACGGACUUCAGCCUAGGCUCCGACACCGCUGUCAAUGCUGCCAUGGAGAGCUGCGAUAAAAUUAAGCAAUCUGCUUCGGGCACGAAGAGGCGGGUGUUCGUGGUGGAGACCAUGGGCGGAUUCUGCGGCUACCUGGCCACGGUCACUGGAAUCGCCGUGGGGGCAGACGCCGCGUAUAUCUUUGAGGAGCCCUUCAACAUCCACGACCUGGAGGCUAAUGUGGAGCACCUCAGGGAGAAAAUGAAGACUGAUAUUCAGCGUGGUUUGGUGCUCAGGAAUGAGAAGUCCAAUCCACAGUACACCACUGAGUUCUUGCACAAUCUCUACUCUGCUGAGGGAAAAGGCGUCUUUGAUUGCAGGGUGAAUGUGCUUGGACAUCUGCAGCAGGGAGGGGCCCCCACGCCGUUUGACAGAAACUAUGGCACCAAGCUGGGUGUGAAGGCCGUGCUGUGGAUAACUGAGAUGAUGGAGAAGAAAUGCAGGCAGGGACGUGUGUUUGCCAACUCGCCGGACACAGCCUGCGUGAUCGGGAUGACCAAGAAAGUGCUGACCUUCAGCCCAGUGACAGAUCUCAAGGAACAGACAGACUUCGAGCACAGGAUGCCCAAGGAGCAGUGGUGGAUAAACCUUCGUCUGAUGCUGAAGAUGCUGGCCAAGUACCAGACCAGUUUCAAAGAGUAUGUCACCGGGGAGGUUGAGCACGUGACCCGCCGCUCCCUCAGCAUAGAGACGGGGUUCUGAGGAUUGGACCUCAGCUGUGGGAAGCCGCCUCGUGCCCUAGCAGAACCACUGGUUCUUCAAACCACUCCCUGUUCAACCAGUACAGUAAUACCCCUCUACCCAUGUUGAUUGUGACUAAACAUGGUAAACUUCACAUAGGCUUAGCUCCAGAUAAUUCCUCUCCUGAUUUCCCUGGCAGUGUGUCUUUAAAUAACGAAUUUGCACAGAAAUAAGGGGUUUCUUUCAUAACCUGUAUAAACUGUAGUAUUUUGUAUCUGAAACACUAACAAAAUACCUCUAGAAAACUUACACAGGAAUAUUUACUUAAAAGGGUGAAGCUUGACAUACUGUUAGUCUCUAGCUUUUUGGUAUUAACUAACCCUAAAAAAAAUGACUGUCACUUUGGACUAAUGAAAUGUGAAUUGCUCAACAUUGUCGCGUGAUGCUGUAUCUGGUCUAAUUGUCUAACUGAAAUUCAUAUAGCGAAUGUUUAUGUUUAAGGGACAAAAAUCUCAAGCAGUAGAAUAUAGUCCUCAUAAAAUAUUGGAAAUAAUCUGAAAUGUUUUUUUCUUGAUCUUACACCAGUCUAUUAGUUGCAUACUGUCAACCAAGUCGAAAUCACUGUAAUACAUUAGUAAACGAGUAUAAGUAAUAAUAAAAAAAACUAACUUGAAUUAAUAAAGGUAGGUCACAUCUUUAGUGACUGUAUAUCUUAAUUUUCUUUACAAUCCAUGAACCAUGUUGCUUUUUCAUUUGUGCUUCUCUCGUGAAAGGGGUCUUGCAUUUCAAUGUUCUUUCCUCAGUGUUAUAGUUUGAGGGUGUCAUCAAAAUAUAGAAAUACCUUCUUAAUUCACUGUGUUAGGUUGCAAUAAUGUAUGGUAAAUAAACGAGUCAAAACUCA